AUGGGCACCCCGCGCGCACGCCGCACCGCGGCCGACGUCGAAAAGGUCGUGCUGCUCGUCGACGAGCACGACGACGACGAAGACGACAACAGCUUCAAGGGCCACUCGAGCAAGCGCACCUACCACCACCUGCUGCUGCUCCUGCCGCUCCUGGCCCUGGGCUACGGCUACAUCAACAGCUGGUCGUUCCCCUUCCCCUCGCCCGAGCCGCUGCCUCCCUUCGUGCAGGACGGCAUCAAGCGCUGCGCCGAGAUCUCGCGCCCGCCGCCCAACCUCCGCGACUAUGACGCCUCGCGCAAGCGCUCCGACCGCUACGUCAAGGGCACCGGCGCCGUGUGGCUCAAGAACGGCACCGUCUGGACCGGCGAGCACCACGGCGAGGAGGUGCUGUACGGCGCCGACGUGUGGCUCGAGGGCGGCGUCGUGCGCAAGGUCGGCAAGGCUGGCGACGCCGACUUCCACGAGCUCUGCCGCGAGGCUGGCGAUGCCGAUCUCGCUGUUGACGAGGUCAACCUCAACGGCGCGUGGGUCACCCCCGGCAUUGUCGACGUGCACUCGCACCUUGCUGUCGACGCCGCCCCGGGCCUCGAGGGCAGCGACAGCACCAACUCGCUCAAGGCGCCCAUCCUCCCGUGGCUCCGCUCGCUCGACGGCUUCAACACGCACGACGCGGCGUUCAACCUGUCCAUCGCAGGCGGUAUCACGACGAUGCUGGUGCUCCCCGGCUCGGCGGGCAACAUUGGCGGUCAGGCAUUCACGUUCAAGCCGCGCUGGACGGCCGAGAACACGCCGCAGAGCAUGCAGGUCGAGCCGCCGUUCGUCAUUAACGACGAGGACGGAUGGGUGCGCACCAAGGCGUGGCGCCACAUCAAGCACGCGUGCGGCGAGAACCCGCUCCGCGUGUACGGAAACACGCGUCUCGACUCGGCGUACGACUUCCGCCGCGCCUACACCGAGGGCAAGAAGCUCAAGGACCAGCAGGAGCGCUGGUGCGCCGCGCCCAAGUCGCAGUCUGAGCCCUUCCCCGAGAGCCUCGAGUGGGAGGUGCUGGCUGAUGUCAUCCGCGGCAACGUCAAGGUCAACAUCCACUGCUACGAGACGGUCGACAUCAACGACCUGGUCCGUAUUUCCAACGAGUUCCAGUUCCCGAUCGCUGCGUUCCACCACGCGCACGAGGCGUAUCUCGUCCCCGACCUGAUCAAGCAGGCGUGGGGCCCGACUCCCGGCGUGGCCAUCUUUGCCAACAACGCCCGUUACAAGCGCGAGGCGUACCGCGGCACACCUUAUGCGCCCAAGAUUCUCGCCGACGCCGGUAUCCGCGUCUCGAUGAAGUCGGACCACCCCGUCCUCGACUCGCGUUACCUCGUGUUCGAGGCCGCGCAGGCUCACGCGUUCGGCCUCAACUUCUCCGAGGCCCUCAGCUCCGUUACCACCCACUCGGCUCGCACCGCUGGCCUCGGCCACCGUCUUGGCUACGUCCGCCCCGGCUACGAUGCCGACAUUGUCGUCUGGGACUCGUUCCCGCUCGCCCUCGGCGCCACCCCCAAGCAGACCUACAUUGAUGGCAUCCCCCAGAUUAUCAAGCCCCACGUCGUCGACAAGCCUGCUGCCGCGCAGGAGAUCAGCCGCGAGGGCAACUAUGACAAGGAGGCUGCUGAGGCCGUCGAGUCGCGCGGCGACCCCGACCUUCGCCCCAAGAAGCGCUCGGGCCGCGUCGUGUUUGACGGCGUCGCUGAGCUCUUCGUGCCGCUGGAGGGCGUGCACACUGCUGGUGUCCCCUCGCGUGUCGUGGUUGACAAUGGCGAGAUCACCUGCGUUGGUACCGAGUGUGUCGUCGACCAGGCCGAGUUCACCGCCAUCGACCUCAAGGGCGGCAGCAUCGCUCCCGGCCUCAUCUCCACGGGCUCCAAGCUCGGUCUGAUUGAGAUUGCGCAGGAGGCGUCUACGUCGGACGGCAAGGCUGUCGACGCGCUCAACGCGCCCGACCUUCUCGACGGCCUGCUAGUCCGCGCUGCCGACGGUGCCCGCUUCGGCGGCAAGGACGAGCUGUUCGCGUACGAGGCUGGUGUGACCACCGGCGUCACCUCGCCCAUCUCCAACAACUUCAUCUCGGGCUACUCGUACUCGUUCUCCACGGCCGCCGAGCACGCCCUCGAGCCUGGAGCCAUCGGCAGCACCGCCGCCGCGCUCCACCUCAACCUCAACAUUGCCAAGCACUCGAUCUCGACCAAGCUGACCCUCCUCCGCUCUCUCCUCGCUGGCAACGACCUCAAGGCGAGCGACGAGCUGCACACUGCGUUCGCCAAGGCCGCCGCUGGUGACCUGCGCCUCGUCGUCGCGACCUCGAACGCCGACGUCAUCGCUGCCCUCAUCCGCGUCAAGCGCGAGGUCGCGCCCCCGCUCAAGCUGACCGUUAUCGGUGGCCACGAGUCGUGGCUCCUCGCCGACGACCUGGCCAAGGAGGAGAUUGGCGUCAUCAUCACCCCGUCGCGCUCGUACCCCUUCAACUGGAACACGCGCCGCAUCCUCCCCGGCCCUCCGCUCUCGCACCACACGCUGCCCGCGUACCUCGCCAGCCGCGGCGUGACUGUCGGCCUCGGCAUCGCCGAGGAGUGCGACGCGCGCCUGACCCGCUUCGAGGCGGCGUGGGCGUACGCUGCUGCCCCCGACGUCUUCAGCAAGCAGAAGGCGCUCGACCUCGCGAGCGGCAACCUCGCCGAGCUCCUCGGCCUCAACUCGGAGGCGCGCGCCGCGGACGUCGGCUUUGUCGCGUACGAGGGCGACGUGUUCAGCUUCGAGUCGCGCGUGCGGGCUGUCCGCGCUCCUGGCCGCGGUGACCUCGACCUGUUCGUGUAG